GCGUGGAAGCAGUCAAAGGUUGGGGUGUUGAUCUGUCAGUUUUGACCAGGCGCCCCUCCCUGGUCCUCGCCGCGCAGGCUCACUGCGUUCUCCCGGUCAGGGCGAGAACAGUGUCAGUAUGGCGGCGGGGCGCUGCUGGAAGGAUGCUGCUGCAGUUGCUGAUGAUGUCGCUCCUGCUGUCAGAGUAUGAACAAGAGAGUCACGGAAAACGACAAGAGAACAAGCAAGGGCCGGACGUCGUGAUCUCGUAGAGCGCCGACAUGGCCAGGCUAGCCGACUACUUCGUUGUGGUCGGGUACGACCUCGAUAAGAGGGGGAGCAGCGACGGUCAGGGUCGGAUUCUUCAACGCUUUCCUGAAAAGGACUGGGAAGACAACCCUUUUCCUCAGGGAAUUGAACUGUUUUGUCAACCCAACGGGUGGCAGCUAUUUGCUGAGAGGCAACCUCCAACGUUCUUUGUAGCCGUUCUGACAGAUAUUAACUCUGAACGCCAUUACUGUGCCUGUUUCACUUUCUGGGAAGAAGUGGAUAACUCGCAGCCCCAGAAGAGCCUCUCAAGUGAAGCUGAUGAAGAUGAUGAUUCUGGCAUCAUGCAGCCCAACCAGUUAUUUGCUCCAAAGAGCCUGGUGUUGGUGUCUCGUUUGGACCAUACAGAGGUCUUUAGGAAUUGUCUGGGCCUGGUCUACACAGUGCAUGUUGAUGGCCUGAAUUUUCCAUUAGAGACGCUGAUUGGAAAUCUUCUGACAUGCACCAUCCCAAUAGCAGGGGGAUCCCAGAGAACAAUUACAUUAGGAGCAGGAGAUCGGCAAGUGAUCCAGACUCCCAUGACUGAUUCACUCCCUGUGAGUGGAAGCAGUGUUGCACAUCUCUUUAGACAGUUAGGAAUCAUCAAUGUUCUGUAUUUGUUCUGUGCUGCUUUGACCGAACACAAGAUCCUCUUCUUAUCCAGUAGUUACCAACGGCUCACCGAUGCAUGUAGAGGACUUCUUGCAAUCAUGUUUCCUCUUAAAUACAGUUUCACUUACGUCCCAAUCCUGCCAGGUAAACUUCUGGAGGUUCUCAGCACACCAACACCCUUCAUUAUUGGAGUCAAUUCCUUCUUCCGCUCAGAGACACAGGAGCUGCUUGACGUCAUAGUGGCAGAUCUGGAUGGAGGAACAGUGACAAUCCCUGAAUGUGUCCACAUCUCAUUGCUCCCAGACCCUCUUCUGCAUCAGACUCAGACUGCAUUGUCCAUGGUUUUGGAUCCUGAAUUGGAGGUAGCAGAUCAUGCUUUUCCUCCAACUUCAAUACAGCCCUCCACCCUUAAAAUCCAGGAUAAGGAAAUCCGUGCUGUAUUCCUGUGGUUGUUUGCACAGCUGUUUGAGGGCUACCGCUGGUGUCUGCAUAUCAUUCGUAUCCACCCGGAACCAGUCAUCCGAUUUCAUAAGGUAGCAUUUCUGGGGCAGAGAGCACUGACAGAGGAUGACUUUCUGAUGAAGGUUUUGGACGGGAUGGCGUUUGCUGGAUUUGUGUCAGAGAGAGGACCACCGUAUAGAACAAUUGACCUUUUUGACGAUCUCAUAGCUAAUGAGGUUGAAAGGAUACGACUGGAAGAAGGAAACCCUCACAAAGUAAUGAAUCACAUCAAAGAGUUGGCGGAACAGCUCUUCAAAAACGAGAACCCGUACCCAGCAGUAGCCAUGCACAAGGUUCAGAAGCCAACUGAGGGCUCCCACCUGCGAUCCCAUCAGACAACCUUCCCUGUCCUGGAUGACGUCACAGUGCAGCUCUUCAUUGACCAUGCUGCUGCUAAACUGAGAACAGCACCUCCUGCUGUCAAGGCUGAGAAGAAAUGCAUGGUUCCAUCAGGACCUCCUCUUACUGCCAUUGUGGACAAGAACGGAAAUGUCCUUGCUAACAGUGCCCGGAGAUUGGAGGUGGUCAGGAACUGCAUUACAUACAUCUUUGAAAACAAAAUGUUAGAGGCGAAAAAGCUGUUGCCAGCGGUUCUGAGAGCACUGAAGGGGCGAGCUGCACGGCACUGUCUGACACAGGAGCUGAACCUCCACGUCCAGCAGAACCGCGCUGUGCUAGACGACCAGCAGUUUGACUACAUAGUCCGCAUGAUGAACUGCACCCUCCAGGACUGUUCUCACACGGAUGAAUAUGGAAUAGCAGCAGCACUUUUACCCCUUGUUACUGCUUUCUGUAGAAAAUUGGGAGCUGGAAUCACUCAGUUUGCCUACAGCUGUGUUCAGGAGCACUCAGUCUGGACCAACAUGCAGUUCUGGGAGGCCAUGUUUUACAGUGAUGUCCAGAACCACAUCCGAGCACUUUAUGUUGAAGUCAGUGAAGGUGAACACCCUAGUCCGGACCAAGAGGAGCCUGUGCAAGAGGCCAAAUGUGCGCUGGAAAUUGCUUCGGAGCAGCGGAGGCUGUGGCCAACCCUGAGCAAGGAGAAACAGCAGGAGCUGAUACAGAAGGAAGAGAGCACUGUGUUCAGCCAGGCUAUUCACUACGCCAACCGCAUGAGCUACCUGCUGCUGCCCCUUGACACCAGCAAGAACCGGCUCCUGCGCAGCACAGGCCUGGGGGAUGUGGAGAGUGUCAGCAACAGCUUUGUCAGCAGCAUCGCGGGAAGUAUGGCUGAGAGCUACGACACUGAAAGUGGCUUUGAGGAUGCAGAGAGUUCUGAUGUUGCAAACUCAGUGGUGCGGUUCAUUAACAGAUUUGUGGACAAAGUUUGUAAUGAAAGUGGUGUGACCAAUGAGCACCUGAAAGCCCUUCACACCAUGAUUCCAGAUAUUGUUCAGAUGCACAUCGAGACCCUGGAUGCAGUUCAUAGGGAAAGUAAGAGACUGCCACCCAUACAAAAGCCAAAGCUGCUGAGGCCAGCAUUGCUAGUGGGAGAGGAGCUGGUAAUGGAUGGGCUGAGGGUGUACCUGAUAGGAGACGGUAGAGAGGAGGCCACUGGGGUGUUGGGGGGGCCUCCUUUACUCCAAGCAGAGGGCGCCAUCUUCCUUACUACCUACAGGCUGAUCUUCAAAGGAACUCCGAAUGACCCCUUAGUGGGAGAGCAGGUGGUAACGCGGUCAUUCCCCAUUGCAUCUCUAACAAAGGAAAAGAAGAUAUCUGUGAGUCUGCAGGCAGAACAGUUCAUCCAAGAAGGCUUGCAGUUGCGAUCUUGUACAUUCCAGCUGAUGAAGAUCGCUUUUGAUGAGGAGGUAGCCUCAGACUCGGCAGAGAUAUUGAGGAAGCACAUCCACAAGCUGCGCUACCCACAGCAUGUCCACGGGACAUUUGCUUUCACUGUGGGGCAGUCGUCCAAGCUGGUGGUCGAGCACAAGCAUAAGGAGAAGAACCAGUCUUUAAAGACUCUUUCCAAGAACCUCAUGAAGAAUGCCAAAAAGACCAUUGGCCGUCAGUAUGUGACACGCAAGAAGUACACGCCUCCCACCCCAGACUACAGGAACAGUCUCCAGUCUCAGGGUGAUGAAGAUGAAAUCUCUGUGUCUGAAGAGGUGGACAAAAGCUCCUUGACUAUGUCUUCCACCAUCAAGUCCUCCGACAGACAGACAAUGAGCAGUGUUGUGGAGCGGGCGUGUUGCAGGGACUACCAGCGGCUAGGCCUUGGUACACUAAGCAGCAGCCUGACAAGGUCAAAGAAUGAGCCUUUCAAGAUCUCUACUGUGAACCGCAUGUACACUGUCUGCCGAAGCUACCCCGGCCUGUUGAUUGUACCGCAGAGUAUCCCAGACACUACCAUCCAGCGGAUCUCCCGCUGCUACAGGCAGAACCGCUUCCCUGUAGUAUGCUGGAGAAACUCGCGGACCAAGGCCGUGCUACUGCGGUCUGCCGGCCUUCAUGGCAAGGGAGUGGUGGGCUUCUUCAAAUCCCCAAAUGCACCGACAGCAGGACCCUCCCAGACAGACUCCACCAGUCUGGAGCAAGAGAAAUAUCUACAAGCCAUUAUCAACUCCAUGCCUUCCUACUCAGAUGCCAGUGGAAGAAACACACUAAGUGGCUUCACCUCUGCACACAUGAGCAGCUCAGAUUCUUCAGAUAAGCAGAGGCAGCCAAAGAUUGGGGCUCUGAUGAAGCAGGUGAUGGGCACCAAAGAGGAGCUUCCAGGUACCUUUAGCAGGGGAGUGCUAGGUCAAAGAGCUAGGGUCAUCUCUCUCUCUCAACCUAGAGCUUCAGUGAAGGCAAGAAGCACUCGAAGAGGAAAAUGGGGCAGUAUCCGUGGCAGUGGACGAAUAAGCAGCUAUAAUCCAGAUAUAGGAACCCGGCUGGCAGGAAAAGACACCUCACCACAGGCCAAUGGAGGGCCAUCUGAGGCCCACUUUCUCCGACAGCAGAGAGCAUACCUUUAUAUCAUUGGAGACAAGUCUCAGCUAAAGGGUGCCAAGCAGGACUCUUUUCAGCAGUGGGAAGUGGUGCCCAUUGAAGUCUUUGAUGUGAGGCAGGUGAAGGCGAGCUUUAAAAAGUUAAUGAAGGCUUGUGUUCCCAGCUCAGACCCCCAUAUGACUUUCUACCGGUGCCUUGAGGAAUCUGAAUGGAUGUGCCUGCUGCACAAGAUUCUCCAGGUUUCCGUGUUGGUGGUAGAGUUAUUGGAUACUGGCUCCUCAGUAAUGGUUAGCUUGGAGGACGGCUGGGACAUUACUACACAGGUAGUAUCCCUGGUACAGCUGCUGUCAGAUCCUUACUACAGGACUUUCGAUGGCUUCCGGUUGCUGGUGGAGAAGGAGUGGCUGUCGUUUGGCCAUCGCUUCAGUCACCGAGGGGCUCAGACCUUAGCCAGCCAGAGUAGUGGCUUUACUCCUGUCUUCUUGCAAUUUCUGGACUGUGUUCAUCAGAUUCAUCUUCAGUUUCCAAUGGAGUUUGAGUUCAGCCAGUACUACCUGAAGUUCCUUGCCUACCACUAUGUAUCUAACCGCUUCAGGACCUUCUUGCUUGAUUCAGAUUAUGAAAGGAUCGAGCUUGGUGUAAUGUAUGAGGAGAAAGGUGAAAGAAAAAGCCAGCAAGUGUACAAGUCAGUCUGGGACUACAUUGAUCGGCUGAACAAGAAAACUCCCAUCUUCUUUAACUACAUGUUUGCCCCAGAGGAUGGAGAGGUGUUGAAGCCGUACAGUUACAUCUCCAACCUGAAGGUCUGGGAUUUCUACACGGAAGAAACCCUGUCAGAAGGCCCUUCGUACGAUUGGGAGCUGGUACAGGGACAGCAGGAGCAGACUGAGGAAGGCGAACGUCAGGACACCACAGCUGCCAAGUCACAGCGCAAGAUCAUCUGGCCGUGCUAUGAUAACAGGAGCAAAGUGGAGCCAGAUGCCAUCACUAAACUCUUGCAGGAGCUCCAGUCACUAGAGGUGGAACUAGGUCAGGUGUCAGAGAAGUGGAAAGAUACUUGGGAUAAGAUCAAAGCCACACAGCGAACAGACAGCAAGCUUGAAAGCAGGACCCUCUCCACCUCUCUACUGAUGUCGUCCAACCUGAGUCAUCACCGGCGAUCACAGGGGGUCUACCUCCAGGAGAACAGGAUGGGCUCGUCCAUCAACCUGUCGCUGGACAGCGAAAGCAGUGCCACCUCCACCCCCUCCGGGAGCAUGGCAGGGGGACGGCCCAGCACGAGCACUCUGUACAGCCAGUUCCAGACCACAGAGAGCGAGCACAGAUCCUUUGAGGGGACACUCUACAAGAAGGGUGCUUUAUUGAAGCCUUGGAGGCCUCGCUGGUUUGUGUUGGACAAAACAAAGCAUCAGCUAAGAUACUAUGAAAACCGGCAAGAUAAGGAGUGCAAGGGAGUGAUUGAUCUUGCUGAAGUGGAGUCUGUCACCCCUGGGAACCCAGCCAUGGGAGCCCCCAAAAAUGUGGACGAAAAAGCCUUCUUUGAUCUGAAGACGACAAAAAGGGUUUACAACUUCUGUGCACAAGACAGCCAGAGUGCUCAGAUAUGGAUAGACUGUAUACAGAGUUGCUUGUCUGAUGCAUAAAUUGAAAGAGAAAUCAGGGUGGGCUAUUCAAAAGCAAGGCAUUUCCUCCAAGGAAAAGGAGUGUGAUUCUGCUGCGCGCUGGAGAGGAACUGUGGGAACUGAAACAUUAGACCGCUCCAGUGGACAGUUCUGGAGGCUCCGUGAAGCCUGAACGGAAGCGUGUUGGGGUGACCUUGUUCAGUAUUGGUGAUAUCGAACUGAUGAUGUCACAUCGUAUUUCAGUGUUCUUUUUUUUCCAAUUCUUCUAAGGCUAUGCUGUUGUCUUUUUGUUUUACAACAGCCCUGGUAAGUUACUGAUACAAUAAACCACCUUACAUUACCACUGUUUACUCUUGAAUUCAUAAAGAAAAGUGCGAAGCAUCAUUUUGGACAAAGCACAGCUCUCUCCAGACCACAUAUAUACCUAACUGGUAUUCCUUUGCUGAUGUUUGGCUGGAAAGUUCUCAAUCUGACGUCAUCACUGAUCUGCCAAUAUGGAGGCCUGGUGAUGUAAACAUGUUCAUGUUUUCCACACAGGUGAUAGAUUUUAGAUAGAGUGGGGCAUAGCAUAGGAGAGACACUGAGGGGAAAAAAAAGAGUUAUGGCUGUUUUUUUAAGAGGGGUUAUUGUUUUUUAGCCAGAAUCGAUUAUUCCUUUUAUGUGGCUCUCAUCAGCACUGAUAUAAGCAGCGGUCUUGUAUCAAUGGAUUAAGAUCUAUAAGGUGACCUGGCCUCAUUUACUGUGUUUUGUCCGUUGCACUUUAUUCUGGGGGUAGUACAGUUCUGGCCUUGUUGUAUGUGAUAUCAGAGAGAAUCGGCUCCUUCCGCCCAGAGAGCUGCAUCUCAAUCCAGCUGACAUUAAUGUGUGUAUGAACCAUUGUUUCACAAAGCAAAUGAAAAGGUAGAAACACUCGUGCUUCCCUCAUUGGUGUUUGAACAGAAGUGUCAAUACAGGAAGUCCUCUCACUGGUCAUGAAGGAUUUAAAGUGAACCAUUUUGUUCUGCAUUUUAAUGUAAUGUAAUUAAACAUCAUUAUGUGUGUUCUUAUCUUUAGCAGCAAGGAUUCUGUAGAAAAACCUUCACCGUUUGAGUUUGUCAAGCAAAUGCCAGAGAAUAAGGGUCAUAUUUAGCCUAGUGAAGAGAGCUUUUAAAUUUGAUUGUUUACAAAGCCGCCACCAACAAUACUUGUCAUUUUCCUUUUUCUUCUUAUUUUGUAAGAAACCACUAUUAAUGUUUUAAAAUGUAAGGGAAGCAUAAGGAGAACAAGGGAUAUAUUUUGUUGUGAUUAUUAACUUAUGCAAAAUGAAAAAAGACUUAACGAUGCAAAGAACACAGGGAAAGGGGAUGCCCAGAAUAGCUAGUAGAUGCUCCAGUUGUUUACGCAGCACAGCUGUGAGAGGCUUGUACUUGCUGGUCUGAUCUUCUGCUAGUUCUGUCAUCUCAUAUUUCCUAGAAAGUCCAGCACACUUUUGUGCUUUUAAAAAAAAACGCGCUGGGUCUCAUCUAACCAGGAGCUUCAUUUUUAAAGGGUUUCAAAACACAUGCAAUUGCUCUCAUAUCUUUUGGGAGGGAUUGUUAUUCACAAUCACAGUAACCACAAUUCACAAUACCCAGUUCUUAGGUUUUUCCAAAUGGUCAGCCCAGCAUCUUUAAGUUAUAAUAUCCCUAUUGGCCUUCUAUUCCUUUUGGUCAGUCAGUAGCAAUUGAGUUAAGUCAAUACAUUGAUUCAGUAAAUUAAUUGCAUAAAGGAUUUGUUCAUCACAAAAUUUGCUUAACUCAAAGGGGAGAAAUCUACCCUGCACUAUUUGCAGAAUCGCAUUUUAAGCUGCUUUUAACAGAUGUGAAAACCUAACAGGCUUUUUUCCUGAAAUAAACCGGUGUGGCAGGUUCCAGGCAAAGAAUUGAAAUAAAAGGUAGUCUGGUGUCGUUAUCUACACAGGGCUGUAACCAAUGAAUACUCCAGGCAAUUUGCACUUUUUCUUUGUGGGAAUCAAAUGAAAGCUGUUGCAAGGUGAAAUUCCAUUGCCUGCCCGAAAGAAGCAAGACAAAGAUGUCAUGAAAGAUUUCUUAAGUCUCAGCCAGUCUCAACUCUCUCACAGCUGUCGUUUUAUUAAUAAGCAGUGUUUUAGCUAGAAGCUGUUACCUUCUUGUAAAGCUUGUAUAUAGUUGAAUCUAUGUUGUCUUGCAGAGCCUUUUAGAGAGAUUAUAUAUCUGUACAGUGUAAUGAUACAGAACAGGGCACUCAUUGUUACAUGGUAUUUUAAAAGUGUGUAGGGGUUUUGCCACAAUUUCCAGUUCUCUUUCUGGUCCUGUGUAACAAAGCACUGUGUGUGUUUCUGCAUUGUCAGUAGUGCGAUGCUUUUACUAAACAAAUUUAUUGAAAGUUUUCGGAGCCUCAGAGGUGUUAACUAGGUGGCACCGUGCACAUAUCUUGUACCUUGUUGCACCAUUUCACAACUUGUAAUCCCAUUGGCUAGAAAUGUAAAUUCAGUUUAAUCAGGAAAGCAUCAUUGAAAUUAAAUUAAUUUUUUAUUAGAUUUGUAGUUUUUCAUUCUACUCUUUUCCAACAGAUAAAAAGACAUGUUAAUUGUCAUGGCUCAGUGGCUACAUAAGACUAAACUUUUUCCCACCAAGCUCACAUUUUAAAAGCUUUCUUCGGAGAUGGAAUUAAAAACUGCUUCAUUGGUGUAAUUCCCUUUUUCUUCAUAUCAUUCCAAAGGAUGGUGUAAUUUUGUAAAUGGUAAUUGUUGAAACACUGUAAAAUACAGUAUGGUUGACCUUUUUACCUGCAAUCAUGUGUACAUUGUAAUUUUGGUUUAUUAAAUAUGCUUUUAUCUGGCAUUUCAGUCUUUAUCACUAAUAAGAUGACAACAUUAGCCACAUCUUUCAUUUCUAAUGUUACCUUGUGUUGAUAGAAUCCUGUCCGUGUGUAAUUUCACAGGAGAACUGAGAGAAGAUCAUGACUACAGAAUCUUUUUCAUGCAUGUAUUAAUAUGCGAUUAAUAUAGUCAGACAAAGUCAGAUGUAUAAUUACAGUUCUUGCUGAAUCAGAAAAUUAUUUUUAAGCAAAGGUUAAAAAGAAAAAGCCAAUACUGUCAUGCCCUUUGUCAUCACAUUUACUUUUCAAACAAAAAGAAAAAAGUACCAUGGUGUUUUUUCUACCUUUGAGGUCUGGCAUUGAUGCUAAUAGGUCCCCGUUCCUUUAGAUGUGGUAAAUAAGCAAAUUGUGAGAUUCACGAAAACUGGACAAGAACAUUCAUCUUCAUUCAGACUGCUUAAUACUGAAGUAGUAUGACUAUUGGUGUUAGUAGUUAACAGUUAGUCUGAUGUUAAAAUAUGUUUUGAUUUACAGCCUUUAAGGCUUCACUAUAAAAAAUAUUCACUCUGGAAUCUACCUGGAGGGGUGACUCCUAAACUACGAAUACACUAGCAAGUAGUGAAACAAUCCGAGGCAAACUUGUUUGCUACCAAAUUCACAACAUUCACUGCUGGGUAAUGCCCUGGUGUGGAGAACAGUAGCCUAGGUUUUAAAACUGGCUCACAAUCCAGUGAUGUACUUUUUCACUGUGCGUGGGUAAGUCAAUAGUGCAUUGAGACAGGGCUUUGUUCUGCAUUUCUUAGAAGGGAAGAAGCAACUGGAAAAUGUGGCAAAUUGUACAUUUGAACAGACUCAAUUCACACAAAGCCUGCUGAGUCAACAUGGUAAUCCUCCUGUCAGAUCUCCAUUUCAAAUAUAGAUGUUCUUCUAAUAACUAUAACUGUAUAUACUAUUAAAUUUUUAUGUAACGUAUGGUAGUAAUUUAUUUAACUUUGUAAGGAAGUUGAAAGUUUGCCCUUUAAAGAUCACUCUUUUGUUUUUUAGUAGAUAUCCAAUAUGUGCCAUUGUUUACUUCUGUAUUAACAUUGCUACCUUUGUUCUUAUUUUGGAAAGAUUGCGGUCAUAAACUUGAGCUUUUUUAAAAAAAAAACACACAAACCACACUCUUUUCUGACAUAGAAAUAUCAGAUCUUCAGGCCAGGAUAUAAAGGUUUAAUUUCUCAGGGAAUAAUUUACCUUCUGUGGCACAGCAUGUUUGUGGUUGGGUUUUAGAAAACAUCUCUGUAGCUUUUGUGUGGCACAUUCACAGUGUCGCAGCCAAUAAUAUGUAUUGUAGAAAUAGUGUCAUUGGCUUUGCAAAUGUCCAAACUGCUAUGCAAACAUUGAUAAGUAAAUUAUUCCCUAAUAUGGGGGGAUGUGUAAAACAUGAACAUUUGUUUUUAUUUUUAGUUUGUUUUCCAGAAAUAUUCUGAGCCGGGUUAUGUUGUCAAUCAUGUCAUUUUUUUUAGGAUUAAACAACAGACAUUCUGGGUUUAAAAUUC